AUGGGGAAUCUAGGUGACUUGUCGCCGGAGGGAAGCGUUGCGGUUGGUGUACUCGUUGGACUUGUAUCAACCAGCCUCCAAGCUAUCGGGCUCACACUCCAGCGCAAGUCGCAUUUACUCGAGGAAGAGAAGCACCCCUACGAUGUGCGAAGACCCCCCUACAAGCGCCGACGAUGGCAAGUAGGAAUGGGGAUGUUUGUGAUUUCCAAUAUUGUUGGAAGCACCAUCCAAAUUACCACACUUCCACUGCCAGUUCUCUCCACGCUCCAAGCGUCUGGACUGGUUUUCAAUACUAUAUUUGCGACUCUCAUUCUUGGUGAACCCUUUACUCGAUAUUCUCUCGCAGGCACAAUUCUUGUCUGCAUCGGCGCGUUGUUGAUUGGGACCUUCGGCGCCAUCGGGGAACCCGCACAUAGCUUAGAUCAACUCCUGGCCCUUCUCCAGCGACGGCCCUUUCUGCUAUGGAUGGGUGCCACCACCCUGCUAGUUAUUUUGGUACUUAUAGGCAUCAAAAUGCUAGAACAUUUCGUGCCAUCCUCACGCGCGAAACCUUCGGCCUCUGGUCAUUUUUCACCACGCCUGCUGCGACUACAAAGCCGAAUGAGAUUGAUCCGCGGCAUGAGUUAUGGAUUCGUCAGCGGCAUAUUGUCAGCUCACUCCCUAUUGCUGGCAAAGUCGGCAGUGGAGCUUCUCGUGCGCACAGUGGUAGACCGUGUGAACCAGUUCAAUCGUUGGCAAUCAUGGGUUAUCCUACUAGGGAUGAUCGUCCUAGCGCUCACACAAUUGUUCUAUCUCCAUCGUGGAUUAAAGCUGUGUAGUACUAGUGUACUAUAUCCUUUUGUGUUCUGCAUCUACAACAUCAUUGCCAUCAUGGAUGGCCUGAUCUACUUCCGGCAAGUGUCUCAACUGGCGGGCCUCCACGCCGGUCUCAUCGCUCUGGGAACAAUUAUCCUCCUAGGUGGUGUCUUGUGUCUGUCAUGGCGACUUGAGGAUAUCGAUACUCACGCUGCUGUCACCACCGUGGGUUCCACACAGACCGGACUUGGGCCAGGUAUGGCAAUCGUGGAAGAGCACUCUUCGUCAUCACCUGGGUUGCUGGACGGCAAUGAUGAGGAAUCACGGAUUGGGGAACGCGAGCCACUUCUCAACCCUAAGACCCAUACUCGACAUCUUUCAUAUCAGCGUGGAAGAGCUCCGAGCCUACCGCUCAAUUUAUACUUUGAUCGCGACUCGGUCGAUCUAAACCCCGCCUCUAUUUGGGCUGAACUUGAUGAUUCGGACUAUGAAUCCACUGAUGGGCACAGACGAUCUUCGACAGAUCGUCCACGCAGCGCCGGUGGGAGUACAACCCUAAAAGGCCCAUUACGAGGCCUGGCACGACACUCCACGAUUGGUGUUAUCCCACACGAGCGCGAAAGGGCGUCUCACCGAGUCCAGGGAUCACUGCGUGAGAACCAAUGGCGUCGCGUCUCAGCACCUCAGGGUGGAUUGUCAGCCGCCCAUCGUAAACGCCGGGCGACCGGGGGUCCGUUUACAUCGUCGUCUAGCCAAGAAGUCGGUGGGUACGGAACCAUCCAAGAGAAUGGCAAUGAAGCCCACUGGGGUGACGAUUCCCCUGCCCUUCGUUCAUCUGACGCCAAUUCUGGUCUUCUUGUUGGUUCAAGGAAGGCUCUGACUAAUGCCUGGAAAUUUGGGAGACAAUAUCUGUCUCGAUGGAGCAGCCCGCAGGCGGGCAGUCAGGCUGAAAUAGACCCAGAAGACGAUCCUUCCUCAUCCUUACUACCGCAUUCUGCUCUCCGUCUUCCACAAACACGUUAUACACAGGGAACCCCGGUUCCUGGAUCCGAUACCAUUCACUCAUCGCCACCCCCCUGA